AUCGACUCACUCCAUUCCGACUGUACGAUGAGCGCGGUGGAGAGCAUUCCGGCGCUGCCCGAGGACCUCGAACGAAUCAUUUUUCUCGAAUUGGCAACACAAUCUCCUCGCUAUAUCCCAGCCCUUAUACUGGUAGCCCGUCGCGUGAAACAGUGGGUCGAGCCUAUUCUGUAUCGCAUGAUCACAUUGGAACUGCCCACUCUCCCUGACGUCAGCACCCUCGAUCUCCCUUCAUUUUUUCGUGUACAUGCGACCAAAGGACCGGACUUUCUCGCCCGAGCCGUGCGGCAUCUCGCGCUCAAGGACGUGAAUGUCGCGUUCAUGGACUUCAUCUUCGAAUCCUGCCCCAACACCGAGGACCUGCUCCUCAACUACACUCUGCCCAAACACACGCUAUACGCGUCGGUCCCGGCCCUGGUAAGACUCCCCCUGAGACGACUGUACACCUACGUCCUCGAUUUCUUCGACGGAACAGAGCUCGUGCCAAAGUUCCGGCCCCUGUUUAACAACCUCACCCACCUCGUCGUGUUCGGCAACCUCACCGGCCAUGGCGAGCUCGCAGAAGCGCAGGAGCGAUGGCGCCUCGCCGCGUCCUUGCCGCAGCUCACGCACCUCGCGGCGGUCGAGUACAACCCCGUCAUGUGGCGCGUGAUCCUCGGGAACGAGAGGCUGGUCGUCCUGGCGUUCCUAUGGCGCUUUGAUUUCCCCCCAAUGCCGCAGGACGAGCAUGAGAUCCCCGUGGAUCUGCGGUUUGUUGCGCUCGCAGAGUUCUCGAGCGUGCUGGAUUGGCAGAAGGGCGCACUGGGGAGGGGCGAUUUUUGGGAUGCGGCUGAAGAGCAUGUGCGGAAGCGAAGGUCGGGGAAAGUGUAUCCGCGGGCGUGGUUUCUCCGGACCGGCCAAGUCCCUCUGCUUCCAACGCUCGUCAGUAAUCCCACUGAGUCGACUGAUUGCCUUUGACCAAUUUUGCCUGCUCAGAAUGUGGCGCUGGGAUAAGAACCAUGCGGGAGGUCAAACAUCUUAGCACUUUUUCAGUCGCAGAGACUUAGUAGCCCCAAUGAUUAGACUUUCUGUUGGCAUUCAAAGACCUCGCGUAUAUAGAACUUGAACGUAUAUUAGCUAAUUGGGGUGGGCUACAUCUGUUGUGGCUUCUUGCAAUCAAGUCGGCGACCCGAAGGAUCCUCGGAAAGAUAAAGUGCAGGAAUGGAUAGACUGCGAACGUGUUGGAAAAAGCGAGCACCACAGGACUCGAACCUGUAACCUUUUGGUAGUCUUACGAAGGCAUCGAAGCCAAACACGCUAGCCAUUGCGCC